GUUUUGAAGGCAUCCGUAGAGUCUGUGGAAUCUGUUGCCCACAAUCAUGUGAAUUAGCUUUUCCACGGAAUGAGCUUCACGCGGAGACUCCCAGCUCUCGCUGAUUGGCUCGCUCCUCCGCAGCUCUCCCGGUGAUUGGUUCGCGGGGGUGAAGCGUCAGGUCUCAAGCAACACAGGCUGAACCUUGUAACAGUGGGGUGGAAUAAAAGUUUGCUGGCAAACUUUGACUAGAGACGCAGAUUUGGACUUCAGGACAAGUGCACUGGACGUAGUUACUGUUAGACUGGAACUAUGAAAAGUUUCAAACAACGGCUUAAGAAAAACGAGAGUACAGAAUGGGGAAAGUAUGAUGAGCGUCUGAUGAAGGCAGCAGAGACUGGAGAUAUAGAGAAGCUCACAGCCACACUCAAGAAAGGAGCCAACCCCACCAAACUAGACCCAGAGGGCCAUUCUGUGUUUCAUGUUGCUGCUGGAAAUGGCCUCAUAAAUAGUCUUAAUGUUUUUCUGGAUAAUGGAGUCAAUGUGAAGGCUGUAGAUGCUGCAGGUAAAACAGCUCUUCAUCUGGCUGCAGCCGGCGGUCACUCUGUGUGUGUGCAGAGUCUGCUGCAGAGUAAAUGUCCCGUUGACAGUACUGACCUGCAGGGCCGUACAGCUUUGCAUGAUGCAGCAUAUCUAGGCUGCAAAGCCACCAUCAAAGUGCUCUGUGACAGCGGGGCAUCUGUUGAUGCUGUUGAUGCAGAUGGUCGAUCACCCUUAUUGCUUGCGGCUAAGAUGAGCCAACCUGCAGCCUGCCAGAUACUCAUUCAGUAUGGAGCUCGCACUGUUGUCCGAGACAAGCAAAACAAGACUGCGCUAAUCUUAGCUUGCGAGAACUCCUGUAAAGAAGCGGUGGAGAUAAUCCUGAAGACUAAGGCUGAUGUUUUUGCUAUGGAUGUUCAUGGACAUGACGCCUAUCACUAUGCCAGAAAAAGCCAGAAACAGGACUUGAUUACACUUGUACAACAUGCAUUGGAAAGUGCAAAAGCUAAAGACAUUGGUAAUUCACAGAGGACUCCACAGGCUAAACCUCCACCGGCAGGAACUGGCUGGACCAAAGCAGGUUCAGUAAAGGCAGAGAAAGUUUUAUCAGAGCCCGUAACAAGGGAACAUGGCUGUCACUCCAAUGAAGGAAAGGGUGCCAAACAAGGUCAUAAUCUGGAUGCUACACAGGUCAGGCCCCCACAGUCGGCUCCAACACCUGUGAGAUCUGCCCCGAUGGAGUUACUGCCCGGCGAGGUGGAGGCCCUCAGGAAAGAACUGCGAGAUGCACGACGGAGACAAGAAGCAGCAGAGUCCGAGGUGCACAGGCUGGACAAGGCACUGGCUCUGCAGGCUCAGGAAUAUGAAGCACUGAGGAGAUCCAGCGAACAGGCUCUUCACGCAUCCCACAACCGAGCGUGGGAGCUGGAGGAGGCUUUGGGCGAGGUUCAGAGGAGGAUGGCAGGAUCAGAAUCUCGCGUCAGACAGAUGCAAGCUCAUCUAAUGGCCGUCAGAGAGCACUUGGUGGAGGAGCUGAGAGUCCAGCUUCAUGAGGUUAAAGGUCAGCGGGAGGCAGCUGUAGCGGAACUGGGAAGGAUGCAAAAGGAGCUCCAUCAGAGCAGGAGGGAGGUGGAGAAGCAGAAGGAAAACCAGAACUCCUUGAUGCAGGAACUCAGCCGACUUUCUCAGGAGCUGCUCAGUAGGGAAGAACUAAUAAACACAUUGAGAACCAGGCUGACAGAUAUGGAAACCAAGCAAGCUGAGAUGUUUUGUAAAGAAGCUCAGACGCCGUCAGAAUGGUGCAGCAAUCAUGAAAAGAGCACCAUCACUGAGAUGUGUGGAGAUAAUGUUGAUCUGGAGAACUACAUUAGCAAGGACGAGCAUGCGGUUAUAGCUAGCUCACUGAAGGAUGCACUGAAACAGGUUGAAACCAAAGCCAACGAGGCUCUACUGAAGCACCAGUGCAUUCUGGAGGAGAACCAGAGCUUGCUGACAGAACUUCAAGAGCAAAAAUUAGAGCUGGAUACUAUUCAGGAGGCUCUGCAGGCCAGGUUUGUUCCCGCUGCCAUAGUGGAGGAAAAGGAGAAAGAGGUAGAACAACUCAAAGUGGCUCUGGCAGAGAUGGAGAAGAGACCAAACAAAGUCCCAAACACUAAAGAAGAGGGCGUUCAGACUGAGGAACAGAGGUCAUGCUCUAGUGAGGUGCAGCAUAACCAAGUGUCGUCUUCUAGUGAGAGUAUCAGAGCACAGGGAGAAGACGCUGGAACUGCAGGGGAAAAUGUGAAGAAAACUGAAAUGGAAAGCAAAUGUCACACAGCUGUGAAUCAGGAGAGCACAUCAUCAGAUCAGGGGUCUAUAGUGGAGCAUGAGGGCCAAAUGUUGGCUCAGGUCAGCAUAUCUUCCUUAAUUAGUUCCUGUGAAGCAUCACAGUCUCACAGCUCCCUACAGGCUCAGGUCUACAGCCUACAAAAACAGCUAGAGGAGUCUGGGAGGCAUUACAGACAUGUGCUUUCAGUGUACAGAACACGGUUGCUCAGUGCAGCACAGGGUUACAUGGAUGAAGAGGCAAGAGUGGCUCUGCUUCAGAUCGCUAAAAUGAGGGAGGAGUGUGUGUGCUGAGCAUUCAUGUUUGCUGUUCCUGAAUGCAUAUGUUUGUGUAUAUACAUUUCUGCUCCAAUAUCUAGGAUCUGUAAAAUAUUUUUUGUGCUUAUCAUGACUGCCGUUAUUUGAUCAAAUGCAAAGAAACAGUCAUUUUACAAUUUUUCAAUUAUAAAUAAUAGUUUUGUUUUUAUUUAAAUGUCUUAAUUUUUAUGUUCUGUGAUGCAUUUUUUAAAUUAUGUCUUAUUAUUAUUAUUUCUUUGAUAGUGUUGAAUUUGCGUCAACCUGUUUUAGAGUCUUUACUGUCACAAGAUCCUUCAGACAUCAUUCACAUGCUCGAGAAACAUUUCUUAUUACUGACCAAUGUCAUUAACUGUUGUGGUGCUUAUUAUUUUUUUGUGUGAGACCAUAACAAUAUUAUGGUGUGUUUAAUAUUAAUAAUAAUAUUAUAAUAUGUGUUUAGAAUUCUUUGGACAAAAAUGCAUUACAGAUAUAUUUACUUUCACUUUUAAUCAUUCAUUCAUUCAUUUUUUUCCCGGCUUAGUCCUUUUAUUAAUCUGAGGUCGCCACAGCGGAAUGAACCGCCAACUUAUCCAGCACAUGUUUCAUGCAGCGAAUGCCCUUCCAGCUGCAACCCAUCUCUGAGAAAUAUCCAUACACACUCAUUCACACUCAUACUCUAUGGACAAUUUUAGCUUACCUGUACCACAUGUCUGGACUGUGAGGGAAACCGGAGCCCCCGGAGGAAACUCACGUGAACACAGGGAGAACAUGCAAACUCCACACAGAAACGCCAACUGACCCAGCCGAGGCUCGAACCAGCGACCUUCUUGCUGUGAGGCGACAGCACUACCUGCUGCGCCACUGCGUCGCCCACUUUUAACACUAAUAAUGUUAUGUAGGAUUUAAAUUUUUUUUUUUUUGUACGAAAUCUAAUUGGCAUAUUGGAUAAUUUAAACUACAAAUAAAAUGUAAAAUAUUCAAAAUCCACAUGUAUUUUUGGUGACUAGGUGUCUAGUGGAAGUUGACUGAUGUGUCAAUGAAAAUGAAGUAACUAAAAACCUAUUUAACCCAUUUUACAAGAUGUAGGAUCAUGAUGUAAGAUAAGCCUUUGGUAUCUCCAGAAUGUGUCUGUAAAGUCUCGACUCAAAAUACCCAUCAGAUAAUUUAUUAUAGCCUCCAGAAUAUGCCCAUUUGGUGUCUGAGUACAUUGCAGCUGUUUUUGUAGGCUGUGGCUUUAAAUGCAAAUAAAUGCUUCUCCCAUG